AUGUGUCUAUAUUCAUUUAACGAGUAUUUAAACAAUCCAAUAUACCGAAUUGACUCGACCUGGAUUCGAACCCGCGUGUGGUGGGCGUGGGCGCAGCAAAGCUGGUGGGGCUGGGUGCAGCGCGCCACGCGGCGGCGGCCGGGCGCGUGGGCGCUGUACCUGCUGUACGGCGCCGUGCUGGUGGCGCUCUACCUCGCCUACCUGCUGCGGCGCGCCACCGAGGUGCCGACGGUGGCGGAAUCCGCGGUGGAGCGCCUUUUGAAGUUCGCGGGCGCCAACCCGUGGGUGUACGCCGUCGUCAUCGUGGUGUCCUUCGUGCUGGUCGGCCUCGUCGCCUACAUGUGUUGCGGGCCUAAGACUCAAGACCCAGAGGCCGAUCCAAAGAAAACGGAUGCAGUGGUAGAAGAUGACCCGCACCAGUCUGAGGAAGAUGGAGAAGGUGAUGAGAAGAACGAAGAAGAAGAGAAGCCGAGCAAAACUGACUUGGAGGGGCCGGAGAAGGAGAAAGAGAAAGCUCCACAAGUGGACACAGAGGGUGCCGGCGACGCCCAGAGGAAAAGGAAAGCCCGCAAGGAG